CCCGGCGCCGCUGCGGGGGGCCCGGGGGGGUCCCCGGGGGGGGGUCCCCGGUGCCGCCGUCCCUCGGCCGCCCCCCCCGGCCCCCCCCGCGCCGCCGCUGCUGCGUCACGGCCCUGCCGCCGCCGCCGCCGCCGCCCGCAGCGGCCGCUCGGGGUCGGGGCUGGGGGGGCCGCGACCCCCCCCGGGACGGGCAGGAGACCCUCGGGACCCCCCCGCUGCCGGCCCCCCCGGGUGUGAUGGAGGCCUCCGGGGGGGGGUUGCCCCCCCAGAAUCCCCCAAAGCCCCCCCAGAUCGGGGAGGGGCAGGACGUGCUGGCGCGCUGGACGGACGGGCUGCUCUACCUGGGCAUAGUCAAGAAGGUGGACGCUCCCCGCCGGGGCUGUUUGAUCCAAUUCGAGGACAAUUCCCAAUUUUUCGUUCUCUGGAAAGACAUCAGCCCCGCGGCCGAGCCCGGGGACGACCCCUCGUGCUGCGUCUGCGCCGGGAAUUCCCGAAACGCCGAAAAUUCCCUGGUCCGGUGCGGGAAGUGCGGCCACGCGUACCACCAGCGCUGCCACGUGCCCCCAGCCCCCGGCGGCGCCGCGCCCUGGAGCUGCCGCCGCUGCGUCUUCGCCGUGGCCACCAAGCGGGGCGGGGCGCUGCGGCGGGGCCCGCAGGCGCGGGCGAUGCUGCGGAUGAAGUCGGUGCUGCCAUACGCGCUCGGGGCCCUGGACUGGGACCCCGCGCACCUGCACAACCUCCAGCACUGCUACUGCUACUGCGGCGGGCCCGGCCACUGGAACCUGAAGAUGCUGCAGUGCAGCCGCUGCCGGCAGUGGUUCCAUGAGGCCUGCACGCAGUGCCUGACGCGCCCGCUGCUCUACGGGGACCGGUUUUAUGUCUUUGAGUGCAGCGUCUGCCGGGGCGGGGCCGAGAGCGUGCAGAGGCUGCCACUGCGCUGGGUGGACGUGGCUCACCUGCUGCUCUACCACCUCAGCAUCUGCUGCAAGAAGAAAUAUUUUGACCUGGAGCGGGAAAUUCUCCCCUUCGCCAACUCCAACUGGGAGGCGCUGCUGCUUGGCCCGCUCGCGGCCACGCCGCGCUCCGAGCGCUACGGGCGGCUCCUGGGGGUGCUGAGCACCCACAAGGACAGGUUCGUGUCGGGCCGGGAGAUGAAGAAGCGCUCGGGGCUGUUCGGGCUGCAGAGCCGCGCCCCGCCCCCCCCGCCCCCCGCCGCCAGCCUCUCCCCAGGGCGGGGCAAGGGCGGGGCCCGCCGGCGGCCGCCCCCCCGGCGCUGCCAGGACCCCCCCGGCAGCUCCUACAACUUCCGGCGCACCGAGGCCCGGGGAGCCGCCAGCGCCCCCAUCCGGAUGUUCGCCUCCUUCCACCCCUCGAACAAACCCAGCUCUCCCACACCGGACCCGGACCCCGCCCCUCCCCCCGCGCGCCGCCGGCCCCACCCCCGCCCGGCCGUGGCCCCGCCCCCCGUUUCGGCCCCGCCCCCCGUUCCGGCCCCGCCCCCCGUUCCGGCCCCGCCCCCCCGGGUUUUGGCGCGCCGGGUGACGCUGGACGGGACCGUGCAGUACCUGCUGGAGUGGGGGGGCGGGGCCCUGCUCUGA